AAACUUAUUAAAUAGAUUGGUGCAAUGGAUGAACUGCAAUCGGAUCUGGACAUGGAGGCUAAACAGUUACUUGACUCGGUGUUUCCUGAAAAGUGUCUCCAGCUCACCAAACAGAUCGAGACCUUUUCGGAAGAGGAGAGACUUAGACUGAAACAGUUACGGGAGUCCGCUACUGUAGAUGAACAACUACUUGACCCAAUUGCAAUGCAUAGGAGCAGAAUCUGCUCUGAGAUUCAGACACUAGCAGCCCAAUGCAGCAUUUUGAAGACCUGGAUAUCCCUGAAGACGCCCAAGAUAGAAGGCGGCAACAAUUUUGGAGUCGCCAUUCAGAGGGGCAUCGCAUGUGAGGUUGCGAAAGUGAUGGACUACUGCAACAAAGUGUCAGUCCAGAUCAGUUCUCACCAGACCACCAGAGGCGACCAGGUGAAGAGAGUGAACAAACACCCCCUCGUGGAAGACCACAAGUGGGGUCUGCGAGAGGGUGACGAGAUGGAGUUCUAUGAUUUAAAAGAGAUCACAGUCAAUCUCAGGAAUUUCUACUUGCUUUUGUCAGACAUGAUAGGGAAAAACUACAGUAAGGUCACCCAGCCGAAAACUGUGAAGAGCACCUCCGUCAUGUAUUGACAGCACCACUGACUGAAUUGUUAUGAUACAUUGCUGAGGAACUUGCGCUUGUGAUAUGUUUGCUCGUGAUUCUGGCAUAAAACUUACUAUUAUUGAUUCAAACUAUUAUUGCUUAAGAGUUUUGUUGAACGUUGACAGGAUAAAGUAAAAGAUAAAAAAUAACUUCUCUGAA